AUGGCGGUGGAGAGUUUCGGUGACAUACACGCGCUUCCGGAGGACUGCAUAGCCAACGCCCUCUCGCUCACGAGCCCUAAGGACGCGUGCCGGCUGUCGGCGGUCGCGUCCACGUUCCGCUCCGCCUCCCAAUCCGACGUCGUUUGGGGUCGGUUCCUGCCGUCCGAUUAUCGUGAUCUGAUUUCCGGCGCCGUCGACGGCCCUGAUGCCCUGCUUUCUAAAUUCCGUUCUAAAAAGGACCUGUAUCUGCACUUGUGUGAUCAUCCGAUUCUCAUCGAUGGCGGCCGCAAGGGGGACCUUAUCUUCGGCGGCGAGUGGCUGGUGGCGGUGAGAGGGGGCGUCGGUCAACUAAAAUAUGGCUCUAACAUACACAAACACGAAAUUGAAGGCGGAGUCGGACGGGUGGUAGCCUCCGCCAUGCUUGGAUCCGGAUCAGGCCUGGAGUUUUAG